AUGGAGACAUCAAUUACUGCAGUUGCACGAAUCAAGGAGUUUGAGCAGACGACACCAAGAGAGAAUGACUCAAACUCGGAUGGAGUCAUCAUUCGCGAACCAGAUUCAGGCAGGAUUGAGUACAAGAACCUGACAGUGUCGUAUGGCCUGAGUAAUGAGAACCUCGCACUCAAAAAUGUCAACUUGGUAAUCGAGGCAGGGCAGAAAGUCGGCAUAUGCGGCCGGAGUGGAAGCGGAAAGUCAUCAUUGGUUGCAUCUCUCUUCCGAUUGCUGGAUGUUCGACGAGGGAAGAUUGUCAUCGAUACAAACGACAUCAAGGAUUAUUCCUUAUCGAACCUUCGAUCAAGCAUCAACGCCAUUCCGCAAGAUCCCUUCGUCACCGGUGGAACAUUCCGCGAGGUUCUUGAUCCUUAUGGAGCAUCGCCAGAUCAUGCAAUUGAAGAAGCCCUCCGCAAGAUAAAGCUAAUCGAACACGUGCAAGACCAUGGAGGCCUCGGAGGUAGUUUGAAGCCUGAGUCACUCAGUCAGGGGCAAAAGCAGCUGCUAUCUCUCGCAAGAGCCAUCCUGAGGCGUUGCAGGAUCGUCGUUCUGGACGAAGUCACCAGCAGCUUGGACCUAGAGACGGAGCAGCUCAUAUGGGGCGUCUUGCAGGAAGAAUUCAGGGGAUGCACCAUCAUUGCUAUUGCGCACAGACUCGAAACAAUUGUUGGCUUCGAUCGGGUUGCUGUCAUGGACGAGGGGAACAUCAUUGAAUUCGACGAUCCUCGUGUCUUGUUGGAGGAUGCUAACUCGGCUUUUUCCAAGAUGCGUAGAACGGGCAAAGCACACUAA